AUUUAUGAUUGCAAAAGAGGAAGCUAAAUAACAAGAUUAAAGUAAGAAAGCACAAAAGAAUAAAAAUAAGAAGAAGGAAGCAAAGGGUAACAACAAAAAGAAUCAGAAGGAUGUUGAUUCAGAUGAUGAUUUUUUAGAUUAAUUAAUAUAAUAAAAUUAGGAAGCUUAGAAAUAGUAAUAAAUUCAAUAAUAACAACAAUAAAUCGUAUAGGAUAAGAAAAAGUAAUUGGGGCCAGAUUAUAUAGAGGGAGAUCCAAUAGUAUAAAUUGAUAAAUAUUUAAAAAGACAAAUUCAAGAUUUGUGGAUAAUUCUGGUAUAAGAAAAUUAGGAAAUUGGGAAGAGAAGGAAUGGAAGUAGACUUAGCCACCAACAAUAACAGUUCCAAAAUAGUUUACUUAAGGUGUAUAUCCAAAAGGAUAAGAGAUUCCAUAUUUGGGUGAGAAAUCAUCAAGAAUCAGUAAAGAUGAAAUGAGAGAGAAAGAUUAGAUUCAUGAACAUUAAUUAUAAUCUUUAAGAAAGGCUGCUGAAUGUCAUAGAUAAGUGAGAUAAUAUGCAUAAGCAAAAUUGUUGAAACCAGGAAACAAGUAAAUAAAUAAAGUAUAAAAAUAGAUUGAUUGAUAUUUGUGAAAAAUUGGAAGAUAUGAAUAGAUAUUUAGUAGAGGAAAAUGGAUUGAAUGCGGGUAUAGCAUUUCCAACAGGUUGUUCAUUAAAUUUUUGUGCAGCUCAUUAUACACCUAAUAAUGGAGAUAAUACACUUUUAGGAUAUGAUGAUGUUUGUAAAAUAGAUUUUGGAACACAAGUAGAUGGAUGGAUAAUAGAUUGUGCUUUUACUGUAGCAUUUAAUCCAGUUUAUGAUACAUUAUUGUAAGCAGCAAAAGAUGCAACAGAAACAGGAAUAAAGAAUUCAGGAAUAGAUGUUAGAUUAGGCGAUGUUGGAGCAGCAAUUUAAGAAACUAUGGAAAGUUAUGAAGUUGAAAUUGGAGGAAAGGUUCAUAAAGUUAAAUCAGUAAGAAAUUUAAAUGGUCAUUUAAUAUGCAAAUAUCAUAUUCAUGGAGGUAAAAGUGUUCCAAUAGUCAAAUCAAAUGAUAAUACUUUGAUGAAAGAAGGAGAACUUUAUGCAAUAGAGACAUUUGGAUCAACUGGAAAAGGAUAUGUUAAUGAAGAUUUGGAAUGUUCUCAUUAUAUGAAAGAUUUUUAUGCUAAACCAACAGCUGUUAGAGUUCCUAAAGCAAAACAACUUUUGACACAUAUAGAUAAUCAUUAUGAUACAUUAGCAUUUUGUAGAAGAUUUUUAGAUAGAGAUGGUUAAUCGAAUUACUUGUUAGGAUUAAAGAAUCUUUGUGAUCUUGGAAUUGUUAACCCGUAUCAUAUAUAUUUCAAAAUAGUUAUCCUCCACUUUGUGAUAUGCGAGGUUCUUAUGUAUCAUAAUAUGAACAUACUAUAUUCUUAAAGCCAAGUUGCAUAGAAGUCUUAUCUAGAGGAGAUGAUUAUUGAAUUUAUAUAAAUA